AUGCAGUACUUCCGAAUCGCCGUGGCCACGUCGCCCAUCCACACAGGCUGCUUCAGAGCGCUUCUGCCAUUGAUAUCGAUCAGUCACGGAUCGAUCUCUUCCCCGCGGUUCUACCAGGUCAACAGGCGGUCAUCUUCGCUGAACAUGUUUGCAGGACGAACGAUGCAGGCGCUGGGCAUGACUUCGUGGAGCACUUUCCGAGCCCACCUUCGUACGAGCACACUCCGAACGAUGUUUGAGGUUCUGUUGCAGAGCCGACACAUGGAGAAAACGCGUUUUGCCCAUCUCGUUGCAGAUCUUCGCAAGGCACUCGGGGAAGUCGAUGUUGACAAAGAGAAAUGCGAGUAGUUCUUUCAAAGAUACAGAUUCUUGGUCUUGUAGUACUUUCCAAUCAGAUUGAUCAUGAUAUCCGAGUUACCAAUACAGUCACAGAUUGAUUUCUCGUUGAGAGGAUGGAAAGAAAUCGGAUUCACUUUACCAACAUCUCCAGACUGUUCAGAAGACGAACUUCAUCACCUUCGUCAUGGUACGGAAUCAUACAGGUCACUCCAUGAGAAGC